AUGUCAACUCUUGCCACUCUGAUUAGCGGAACCGCUGCGGCGGGAAGUACACUUGUACACCUCGCUCAAAAAGCCGCUCUGGGGAUCAGUUUUCCCUCUUCCAUGGAGAGUUGGCUUGAUAUCAGUCUUGUAAUAUGGCUGCUGUCGCUACUUAGCGCCAUAUCGAACCUGAUCGAGUUCAGCAAGCGCAUCUUAUAUGGUAUAAUACCCUUGUUUACCGCGUCAGUAUCCAUAGCGGCCAAUGACCGCCUAAACAGAGACGUCAUCAACUAUCUCAGCAGCAAAGACUCCACCGAGCACAUCGUAACAGCACACACAGAGACUGCCGAUCGCCCCAUCAUUCCCUUUUGGUAUCAGAGAACUAUGAGGGACGAUCACCAAGCCAGUGAUUGCCAGAUCGAGUACACUUCCACGUUCAGAAUCAAAUUAGUCCGCCAUGAUGGUAGACUGCUGAUCAUUCGUCGCAUAUCUGCUAAGCCCUCUGGCAGGACGCCAGACAAAUAUGCCAGUCCUCCGGAUGGGAAAGAGCCAUUGGUUAUUCUAUGCCUAGGUUGGUGUUUAAGUCCCAUCGACAAGUUUCUGCGCCAUUGUUGCGAAUUCAAAGACAAACAGCGCAAAAGCUUUGUAACUGUCCAUAUACGACAAAAUCGUGAUCUAGGCGGUCGCGCAGAUUGGGACACAACUCUUUCAAAGGCUAAAAGGUCACUCAAUACGGUUUAUUUGAAAGACGAUACAAAAAAGCAGCUCGUUAGUGACAUUGAAGAUUACUUGCGCGCCAGCACCAGAAAGUACUACCACGACCGUGGGAUACCCUACCGACGAGGAUACCUCCUACAUGGACCUCCAGGGACCGGCAAAACUUCUCUCAGCUUAGCGUUGGCAAGUGAAUUCAAUCUCGACGUCUAUAUGCUGCAUAUCCCAAGCGUCCGCCAUGACAACGAAUUAACAACGCUCUUUACAAAAUUGCCGCCAAGCUGUAUCGUUUUGCUGGAAGAUGUUGAUGCUGUUGGGCUACAGCGGCGACAUGCCUCCCAUUCAGACUCGGAAGAUGAGAGCGGUAGCGAAGGUGGAAUUCCAGGCGCGUUUGGCAGGCGGUCCGCCUGUUCGCUUUCUGGGCUGUUGAACUCGCUGGAUGGCGUGGCAAGCCCAGAAGGCCGCAUCAUCAUUAUGACUACCAACAACAUUGAGAAGCUAGAUGAAGCUUUAAUUCGGGAUGGAAGGGUUGAUAAGAAAGUCUUUCUCGGGUAUAUGGACUCGGACUCGGCCAGACUGAUGUUCAUGAAGAUGUAUCAACUUCAAUCAGACUCACUCCCAUCUCUCGAAGUUGAGAACAACACCAACCAGCAAACCUGUCAAUCAGUGGACGAUAAAUCCACUCACAUCGACCUUGAGAACCUAGCGCAAAAUUUCGCCAGUCUAAUAACGACGAAAAGUCUUUCAGCUGCCAAAGUGCAAGGGUACUUGUUGUGUCACAAGGACAAUCCGCAGGCAGCGGUGGCGAACCUCCCCCACUUCAUGGACAACCAACCAGCCACGGGCAGUCAACCCAGCUGCCUAUCCCACGUUGCCCAAGAAAAGGAAAAUGGUAUUUUUGGCAAUUUGCUUGAAUGGCUGCCUCGCCACAACCAGAAUUAG